ACCAUUUCUUUGGGAUUUGGUGGCUUGGUACAAGCUGAGAGGGCUAGUGGUCUAUCCAUUUUUAUAACAAUUGCUGCUCAGCAUGUUCUCUGUAUUUUGUAGAGCUGGCCUGCAAAUUCCUCUCUUCUGCAUUUUCUGAAAAUUCAAUGACAUCAGGGUAAAGUGGGAGAGAAGUUGCAGAAACAUACAGGGGAAAGAAAAUAAUGAAAAAGUUGGUAACUUGGUAUUGGUGAUGAAGCAGUUCUAAAAACAAUGGAAAGCAAAGUGUGAACAAGAAUUCAAACAGAAGCCAUAUCCUCUCUAUAUUGACACCACUUAGACCUGUCUCAUCUCAUUUUCUUCUCCAUGUCAUUCGGAAGAAACCACAGAACCACAUAGGUUUUUUCUCUGGCUUUGUAUAUGUAAUGUUCAGCGGUCCAGGAUUUCUGCUGUAGUUUCUUCUUCUCCAGGGAAUUUUAGUUAGGGAAGUGUUUUUCUAACCCUUCUCUUGGCUAGGAAUGUGGAAUGUUGUAAUGUCACAAAAGGACCUUAAUUUGGUUUUCGUCGAAUUGUCUGUACAUAAACAGCUUCUUGACACAACAAUCUUCUCGACUUUGCUUACUCACCCACUUCUUGAUUCUGUCAUUCUUUCUGUGGUAUUAAGUAACAUCCUUUUUUUUUUCAGCUUAUCAAAUCAUCAUUGCCAACACAUCUGGUUUAGCCUUCUUCUGACCAUGUUUGAUGAUUCUUCCACACUGUUUUGUCGAUCAGAUGGUGGAUUCACCAGCUCCGAGUAAAUCCAACAGAGAGAAGUAAUGGGAAGUUCAGACGAUAAUCUCGAGAUCAAACACAGAUUGUCAUUGUCAAAUGAAGAAAUACACAAGAGGAAACUGCAGCGGAGUAAAUUCAAAGGAAUUGACAAAUCUUUCCAGUUGCCCCUCCAAUAUAAAAGUGCAAACUGCAAGUUCUCUUUAUUGAAAUUUCUCCUUACCAUCACCAUAUGCGGCACGUUGGUCACGAUACUCUACCAUCCCGAAGUUUACAAUAGCGAAAGUCUAUCAUCGACCACGAUUCGGCCAAAUUUUGUCAACAGAUGGAUAUGGGGCGGAUCAGACCCACGAUACACGUCGCAUUUGGACAUAGAUUGGGAGGAUAUAAUAGACGUAACAGACAGCCUAAAUGGGAAAAACGACUAUCAUGGAAUCGGCCUUUUGAACUUCAACGAUAGCGAAAAUGCAUAUUGGAAGCAGCUUUUCCCGAGGGCAGACCACAUUGUUCUGUCCCUGGAAUAUGCUGCCAAAAACGUCACUUGGGAUUCCUUAUAUCCAGAGUGGAUCGACGAGGAAGAAGAAACUGAAGUACCCAUUUGCCCAAACCUACCGCGCAUCAAACCACCGGCUGUGCGGCUUGAUCUGAUCGCCGUGAAACUUCCAUGCAGGAAUGAGGGCAAUUGGUCGAGAGACGUGGCGAGGCUCCACUUGCAGCUCACAGCAGCGCGGCUCGCAUCAUCGGCCAAAGGGAGCUAUCCGGUGCAUGUCCUCUUUGUCACCAAGUGCUUUCCGAUACCCAACUUGUUCACCUGCAAAGAACUUGUCGUGAAGAUGGGCAAUGUUCGGCUUUACAGGCCAAAUCUGAGUGUCCUGAGAGAGAAGUUGCAGCUCCCUGUUGGGUCAUGUGAACUUGCUCUCCCUCUCAAUGUCAGAGAGCGGGUUUACACGGGAGAUGCGCGCCGAGAAGCUUAUGCGACCAUCCUUCACUCUGCUCAUGUAUAUGUCUGUGGGGCAAUAGCCGCAGCUCAAAGCAUACGAAUGGCCGGUUCGACCCGUGACCUCGUGAUACUUGUGGACGAUACGAUAAGCAACUACCACAGGAGUGGUCUGGAGGCAGCCGGUUGGAAGAUCCGCACAAUACAGCGGAUCAGAAACCCAAAGGCCGAGAAAGAUGCCUACAACGAGUGGAACUACAGCAAGUUCCGGUUGUGGCAGCUGACCGACUAUGACAAGAUCAUAUUCAUCGACGCCGACUUGCUCAUCCUCCGAAACAUCGAUUUUCUCUUUGCAAUGCCCGAAAUUUCAGCCACCGGGAACAAUGGCACGCUAUUCAACUCCGGUGUCAUGGUGAUUGAGCCUUCAAACUGCACAUUCAACCUUCUGAUGAAGCACAUCAAUGAGAUAGAGUCCUACAAUGGCGGCGACCAAGGCUACUUGAACGAGAUCUUCACGUGGUGGCACCGGAUCCCGAGACAUAUGAACUUCUUGAAGCACUUCUGGGUCGGCGACGAGGAAGAGAAGAAGCGAAUGAAGACUCGGCUCUUCGGGGCCGAUCCCCCGAUCCUUUACGUGCUUCACUAUCUAGGAGUGAAGCCAUGGCUUUGCUUCCGGGACUACGACUGCAACUGGAACGUCGACUUCUUUCAGGAGUUUGCCAGUAACGUCGCGCACGAGCGGUGGUGGAGAGUGCACGACGCGAUGCCGGAGGUCCUGAAGCAGUUCUGUAUGUUGGAGUCGAAGCAGAAGGCGCAGCUGGAAUGGGAUCGGAGACAGGCCGAGGAGGCCAACUACUCGGAUGGGCAUUGGAGGAUCAAGGUCAAGGACCCGCGGCUAGGCAAGUGCAUCGACAAUUUGUGUGACUGGAAGAGCAUGUUGCAACACUGGGGCGAGACCAACUGGACCGACGAUGAGUUCCGCACGCCCUCACCUCCGGCGAUCUCUACGGCAUCUCUCUCGCAGUUGUGUCUGAUAGAGACCCUCCUUGAUUCUUCGAGAUUGGAUUUGACUGCAAACGACAACAACUGGAGAAACAAGACUUUUGUUAGAAGAAUCAAGAAUGCCGUUCAUCUUACUGUAUCUCGUCUCGCAAUGCUAGAAGAAUCAAGCACCACUCCAUCACUGCAUCACUUUCUACUCUGAAAAAUCAAGACAAUUUCUAUGAAACUUGUACCUGGAAUUAAACGUCGCUUAGUAUCAUAUAAUACCACACGAGAAAUAUGAGGACAUCACUUUGUUUGGUACAGAGCAGGGUCUUAUGUUUUAAAUAUAAAAAAAAGGUUAUCAAUAGUGAAGCAACAAGGGGUCCAUAGCUCAGUGGUAGAGCAUUUGACUGCAGAUCAAGAGGUCACCGGUUCGAACCCGGUUGGGCCCUUAAAUUUCUCUAUUAAUUUCUUUUGGCUUUCUGUGCCUUAUCUAAUUAAAUCUUAGUUUAUUUUACUCACC